CAGCGGAGAGGGGCGCCUUCUGUCCGCGCUGGCGCUCUGGGAAUACCGACAAAGAAAAACCAGAUAAAACUACUCCCGUCUCUCCUCUCUCUGUCCUGUGUUUCUGCUCCGAAGGGAAAAGAGCGCACCGUCGUUGUUCUUCUUUUUGUUGUUGUUGUUGUUGUGGGAAUACGGAGGAAACAAUAAGAUUUGCUGACAGCUGCAGCUGACGUCUGCGCCGGCCUGGUUUAACUUCCUGUUUGGUGGAUCGCUGCCGCAAACGGACGAAAGGCCCGGGGACAGUUAAUGAGAAGAUUGGAUCAGCUGCCCCCCCCACCUCCACCUGUCUGGACUUCACCCCCUCCUGUCCCGGCCGUCGUCGCCCCCCCGGUGUCGGCGUCAAGUCGUUCACACAGCUGGACGGUGGAAGUUUGCCCAAGACUUCUUAGGGGGAGAACCUCACAGGGGCUGUUAACCUCUGACAGCCCACCGACCGGCCCGUCUUCAAACCCGGGACUCCUCUGCUGAGGUCGCUUCCUGAGAGGCCGGCGAGGCGCACCGAUUGGCGGAGUGCUGAACGAGGCAAAACUUAUCAGUUGGGUUGGAUGCGUGCGCUGUGGGCCAUGUGUUUCUGCUGAGGUCUCAUCUCCUGCCAACAUGAGGCCGACGGCCGGCUCGCCUCCACCCGUCCUGCCAGCCCUGCUGGCCCUCGCCCUGCUGGGGCUCCUACCUCGGCCGUCCUCGGGAGCCACGCCGUUCCCCCAAGACCUGGAGCCAAUCAGCGUCGUGGGCCGAGAGUCCUCCUACCUCUACCCCAGCUUCCAGGGACUCAUGUCAGACAACGACACCGUCCGCCUGGGCCUGGACUUCCAGAGGAUGCUGAGGAUCAACCACAUGCUCUACAUCGCUGCCCGGGACCACGUCUUCGCCGUCAAUCUGGCAACGUCGUCUGAGCAGAUAAUCCCGCAGCAGAAACUGACUUGGAAGACGAAGGAUGUGGAGAAAUGCACCGUGAGAGGGAAAAACAGCGACGAAUGUUACAACUACAUCAAAGUGCUGGUGCCGCGGAACGACGAGACGCUGUUCGCCUGCGGCACCAACGCCUUCAACCCCACCUGCCGCAACUACAAGAUGGCGACGCUGGAGCAGGAGGGCGAGGAGGUGGUGGGACAGGCUCGGUGUCCCUUCGAGUCCCGCCAGUCCAACGUCGGCCUGUUUGCAGGCGGUGAUUUCUACUCGGCCACCAUGACGGACUUCCUGGCGAGCGACGCGGUCAUUUACCGGAGUCUGGGAGAAAGCAGCCCCGUCCUGCGGACGGUCAAGUACGACUCCAAAUGGCUCCGAGAGCCCCAUUUCCUGCACGCCAUUGAGUACGGGAACUACGUGUACUUUUUCUUCAGCGAGAUUGCGGUGGAGUACACCACUCUGGGCAAGGUGGUUUUCUCCAGAGUGGCUCGUGUCUGCAAGAACGACAACGGCGGCUCGCCGAGGGUGCUGGAGCGCUACUGGACGUCGUUCCUGAAGGCGCGGCUGAACUGCUCGGUGCCGGGCGACUCCUUCUUCUACUUCGACGUCCUGCAGUCGCUCACCAACGUGCUGCAGAUCAACCACCGGCCGGCCGUGCUGGGCGUCUUCACCACGCAGGCGAACAGCAUCACCGGCUCGGCCGUCUGCGCCUUCUACAUGGACGACAUCGAGAGGGCCUUCAGCGGCAAGUUCAAGGAGCAGAGGAACAGCGAGUCGGCCUGGACGCCAGUACCGGAGGAGCAGGUCCCCAAACCGAGGCCUGGCUGCUGCGCCGGCGAGGGCCCGGCCGCCGCCUACAAGUCGUCCACCACCUUCCCCGACGAGACGCUGACCUUCAUCAAGUCGUACCCGCUCAUGGACGAGUCAGUGCCGUCGGUGAACGACCGGCCGUACUUCACCCGCACCACCAGCAGGUUCAAGCUGACCCAGAUCGCGGUGGACACCUCGGCCGGGCCCUUCAAGAACUACACCGUGGUGUUCCUGGGCUCCGAUAACGGCCACGUGCUGAAGAUCCUGGCCAGCACGGAGGGCGCCAACGCCUCCUUCAACACGCAGCUCCUGGAGGACAUCAACGUCUACAACCCCAACAAAUGCAACGUGCGGGGGGAGGACCGGCGGGUGCUGGGUCUGGAGCUGGACCGCGACCAUCACGCCCUGUUCGUGGCGUUCUCCGGCUGCGUGAUCCGCGUGCCGCUCAGCCGCUGCUCCGACUACAGCAACUGCAAGAAGAGCUGUCUGUCUUCUCGGGACCCAUACUGCAUCUGGCUCAAGUCUGGCAGCUGUGCCACCGUCUCACGCAGCCUCAAAGGCGGGUUCGAGCAGGACGUGGAGAACGGCUACCACCAGUAUCCGGACACCUGCCACGACGUUCUGGCGACGACUCGCAAGCAGAACACGGCGCUGGAUUCGGCGUAUGGGAAGACCACACCCACAAGCGCCAGCACCACCUAUCAUGGGGCGGCGUUCCCAAAGGAGGCAGGUGACCCUGAAAGAGGUACAGGUCCUGAUCGCCCUCCCCCCAUGGGGGAGCAAGGGUCACCUGACUCGGAGCCGAUCAGUGUGGAGAUGGAGGGAGUGAGGCGCCCCCCGGAGCUGGAGAAGACCAACCACAGCGUGCAUUACACCCUCCUGAUCGCCUGUGUCUUGGUGGCCUUCGUCCUCGGCGCCUUCCUGUCCGGCUUCCUGGUGUCGUGCUACUGCAACCACACGGGCCACAAGACCAAGAAGCUGUCCAAGGAUCCCGAGGCGCCGAUCCCGCACGCCCUGUCGCUCCGCAGCCUGGCCAAGCUCAACGGCCUCCUGGACAGCCAGAGCAAGGACGACAAGCUGGAAGUGUCCUCUCCAAAGAUCUACAACUCCUUCUUCGCCAGCAGCAAGGAGCACCACUCGUCCAGGAGAAAUGGCCACCACGCCAUGACGAUGGGAGACCUGGUCCACCCCCACCACCACCACCUCCACCACUCCUCAGAGCUAUCCGGGCUGCCCACGCCGGAUUCCACCCCGGAGUUGCCCAUUAAGAGCAUGAAAGCUUUCAAGAACCAGUGGGAGAAGAACCAGAACUGCAACAACGCCAAGGAACCCAAGUCCCAAAACUAUGGCUCCAGGCCCAGUUCAGCCCUGCUCCACCAGCAGGUCUUCCCCUACUCCCACGGCCUCGCCAACGGGCAGCCGGCGGUCGGCCACCUGCAUCCGGACGAGCGGAAAAUCCACAACGUGGAGCGCGUGCUGUCGCAGCAGCCGUACGCCGGUUACUCCCAGAAGGUGAUGGAGGUGACGUCGCUGGACGAGCUGCUGAAGCACAUCCACGAGGCGAGCGGCAGCAAGAGCUCGCAGCUCAUGAGCCCGUCGGGCCUGAUGGCCAGCGGCGGCGGGGGCCAGCUUGCGUUUGCCAACCGCAUCCAGCCUCAGAUUCCCGAGACGGAGUCGGCGCCGUACUACAGCUCCUCCACUUUACCCCGGGACAGCCUCACCCGCCGCAUGGACGUUCCUCCAGACAUCCCCUCGCACCACCAGUCCACCCUAGAGAGGAGGCACUCCUCCCAGAGGCACUCGCUGAUCGCCGCCGCCGCCAAAAUGCCCAAUGGCGCGGCGGGCGGAGGGGGCGGGGCCGGGGGAGGAAGCGGCGGCGGCGGAGGAGGAGGAGGAGGAGGAAUGAUCCCUCGCCAGCACAGCUUCAGCCAGCGGAACGGCGGGCCGCACCAGCCCCCUCCCCUUCUGGCGCGGAUGAACUCUACGGGCAGCGCCUGCGAGGUGCACUACCCCCUCAUCCCCAACGGGUACCUCGCACGCCAGCACAGCUACAACGGAGAGCAGCAGGAGGUCCCGCACCGGGGCGCCAUCGUCCGCCGGGCCUCCUCUCUAAAGCCCGACGUCCCGCCGAAGCCGCUGUUCAUACCCGCCACGUCCCCGGUCAACGAGCAGGGGAAGUACAACUACUGAGGAGGCGCCUCCGGACUGGGCGGGGAGCGUCCCUCGCCGUGUCGGCCGUAAAGGAACUUCCCUUUGAAGACGUGCAGCGGGUUCGAGGCUGCUGACCUUUGCCAGAAAACACAACCAAUCGCGUGGCAGCCAGUGUCACUGUGGACAAGAGCCUCAACCAAACUUGUUUUUUCCGCUUCUUUUUGUCCAACGAAUAUCUUUGUACCAUAUUGGUAUUGCUCAGCUACUUGCUUUACGAUAGAACCGCUGACUCUGGUGGCGCGACGUCGCCUCCUUAUAUUAGGCUGCCAAUGUCCUCAAUGUGGAUUUACAAUGCAACUGAGUGUUUGGACACGUCGGUGUAGGAAUAACGUCACUCGUCAGUCAUCUCGAAGACUUAAAAAGCCGACGGCUCCUGCGAUGCUUAGAUUCAUGCUUUUUGCUUAACCUUUUCUGAUGUAGUGUUGGUAUCGAGUCCCCACCCGCCCCUCCCUCGAAUGUGUUUAUAUUAUGCAUGUGUGUGUAUAUAUAUGUGUGUUUAUAUUCACACCGUAUAUGUAUACAUAUACAUAUGCAGUAUGUGUAACCUGUGGUGAAAAUCCCCUGGAAGUAGUUAUGUCUUUGCCUUACUAUACUCUCAUUUUUAGGGCCUAUCAAACAAUGUUUCCCCCAGUUGGCUAAAGACACUGAACCAAAUUUAUUUGUGUUGACAGAACAAAGGAAAUACUUCAACAAAGCAGCUAAACUCUCUAUCUUCUCUCCCCUCUCUCUAUUUUUUUUUUUCUUUUUUUUUUUUUUUUUUCUCCUUGUGCCCCGUCUCAGCCGAUGUCAAGUCCGAAGUGACGAGUUCGGGUCCGUUUAAGUUCCUCGAGAAUGUUUCUCUAAGUUUGGUGCUCCACAAAAGCAGUGGGUCUAACAUCCUCCUGAAGCAAAUACGUAACGAUCGUGCUGUCUGGAAGAGUUUGGACCCAAAGAGGACGGACAGAACCUGCCGUUUGCCGCGUGGCGUUACCAGUGUGAACAUACAAAAAAAAAAAAAAAAAGAAAAGAAAAAACUGAACGGACUGCAGUUAUUCUAAUUAUUAACUUUGUGGCUAUUGGUUGUAAAUAAAGGAA